AUGCAACCCAAGAAUCUCCCUAACUAGCUACCAUUCCUCCCUGGAAAUGUGUACUAAGACCCCACUAUUACAAGAUACCACAAGACUCAGUUGCUCGGCGUGAGAGACGGAGCCAUUCUAGAAAAGACAACCAGCUUGCAAGAGAAUGUAAAUCCUGCCCUCCUGUCGUCAUUAAGAGAGGGUAAUCCACUUAAGUUGACCGGUAUUCCUCAACGUAAGCCACAAGAGAACGAUGCCAUCCCCAAGAUCGCUCCCAAAUGGCUUAAGUACGACAAACAGGUCCUUCAAUUUAACGCUUAUUUCCAAGAGCCAGUAGUUGAAAAUCCUAAUGAAAAUUACAGAGUCAGAAAGUGCAUCAUCUACUACUACCUCGACGAUGAUACUGUCCAUAUUAUUGAGUCUAGAGUAGAGAACAGUGGAAUACCUCAAGGUAUUUUUUUGAAACGCCACAAAGUUCCAAGACCAGAAGAUGCAACUGCUCACUAUCAAUGGCAAGAUUUGAAUUUAGGAUCAAAUUUGAAUGUAUAUGGACGUGUUUUCAGAAUCGUAGAUUGCGACGAUUUUACAAGAAGAUUCUUCUCUAAUGAAGGAGUUGCUCUUAACCCACCAGAGUCAUACCCAGACGAUCCAUUCGCAAAAACUAGAGCCAUGAUUAAUAUGAAGCAGAACCCACCCGAUCUUGCUGAGCAUAAGAAUUAUAUUGAGGUCAUGCUAAAGGGUGGUAGACCUAACAAAAAUCUAGAGAGUUUCCUCAAGAAUGAUAGAAUAGUAUUGUCAUACAGUAUUGUUUGGGAGGAUCGCUCAUACGAUGGUGGUGAUAAAUUCUACACCUUGAACUUCUUCCUUUCAGAUAACUCAGUUGAGGUCAAGGAGAUCAACGAAUAAAACAAUGGAAAAACUCCAUUCCCCAUGCUCUUGAAGAGACAAAAACUCGCAAAGACUCCAAUUCUCACUCACUGCCCAGGAAUGUCACUUAAGAAGGAAGAAUUUUACACACCCGAGGACUUACUUAUCGGAGCUAGAAUUAAUAUUUUUGGCAGAGAGUGCAUGAUCUAUGAUGUAGAUGCUGCUACUAGAGAGUGGUACAAGCAAGUCUUUGAAAAUGAAAUGAACCCAAUUCAACUCAGAAAACCAAGAGCUAACAUUACAUACUAACCAGUUCCUCCUUAUAACGGAUAUGGAACCCCAGAAGACUCUCUAGGUUCAGUAUAUUCACUUCAACCAAAGCCACCCAAGAUCGAUAUGAAAAAGAUGUUCAAGCAAGAUAUGCAUAUCUUGAGAUUUGAUGCUAAGCUCAUCUCAACCGAGCCUGAUGAUGAGUCAAGAAAAUUCAUUAUCUCUUUCUAUUGUGGAGAUGAUACCAUUUAAGUUUAUGAGGUCUGCGACAAGAACUCUGGAAGAAUAGGAGGUAAAUUCAUGGAGAGAAAGAAGCAUCAAAAUCCAGUAAACAGAGACUAUUAUGCUGAGAAGGACUUCCUCAUCGGAAGAACUAUCUUCCUUGGUGGAUUCAAGUUCUAACUACUGAAGGCAGAUGAAUACACAGAGAGAUAUAUGGAAGACAAUCCAGAUAUUUUCCCAGAGGCUUCCCUUGAAAAUGUUCUUAGAAAGAUCAAGAAGGGUGCAACCAAGUACAAGAACUUACAAGAAUAUGUCAUCAAUCUCAUCCAGUAUUUAGAUAAAAAUGGUGAUGGUGGCAUUUCAUUUGAGGAAUUCACAACCGGCCUUAAGAGUAUGAACAUCUUUGUUACCAACCAUGAAGAACACACAUUGAUGAGAAGAUUUGAUAAGAACGGUGAUGGAGUUGUUUCCAUGGAAGAAUUUUACAACACUUUAGCAGAAGUCUACGACAAAUAAUGA